AUGAUCUCUCAAACAGCACCCACCGAACACACCACAGGACGAGAGAAUCCCUCACCCAAGGAUUAUGCCGGUGUAGCAUUCUACAGCGACUACGAUCUCACCGAACUCCUAUACAAAACCCCCGUGCUCGACUCAGGGUUCCUACCACUUGAACCCGAGGACGAUGCACAAACACACUCCCACACCCACACCACCACAACCACCACCACACCAAAGGCCCAGGUCCAAUCUUCAAACACAUCCAAAUCCGAUGGCACGACGACGCCUCCUCCUGCCACAGCUGCAGCAGCCGCCAAGACAAAGUCGGCCAUGAAAUCCACGUCACCAUCCAGCAACAACAAACAAUCGUCAGAACGGAGACCUAGCUUCAUUGCGGUCUCGACGCCAACAGUACACCAUCAUGAGCAUGAGCACGCUUCGGCGCACAACGUCGGCCACCACGGCCGCAGACGACAUUCGUCCCACUCGCAUGUGCCCAUGAGCUGGUGGCCAGAGAGCGAUUUGAUUGCCCAGCAUCAUUGGGUCGAGCGAGAUUGCGGCUCGGCCGACGAGGAGGAGGAGAUCCUGGAAGAGGAAAUGUGGGCUGAUUGCUUUUACGAUUGA